UUCCGGUGCGGGAUCAGACCCACGCUCAUCUCGCUGCUUCCACACACGCACUCCGUCAGUCCGGUCCGGUUCUGUCGUGGUUCUGCAGACCCGAAGCUAAACUCAGAGAAACGUCUUCUGUGGUUGAAAGAAGACGGGGAAACAAGAUGUCCUUUGAUUCGUAGAUGUUGAUCUGCAGCAGGCGGCGCCGGCUUGGACUGGUGGCCCCGGUACCGAGAGCGGUACCGGCACCGGUUCUGACGGAUCUGGGUCAGGGGAGGCUGCUUUUCCUCGGUUCCCGUCGGCGGAGGUGAGGAAGACUGCGGCCGGAGGAGGAAGAGGAGGAAGAGGCUCCGGUUCUGCGGGGAUCUCGCCCCUCCUUUUCGGCGUGACGCGCCCGAACCGCAUCUCCAGGAUGGCAGGACCUCCUGACCGGCCCUCGGCUCGCUGCGCCCCCGUCCCGCUGGUGGUCCUCUGAGGACGACGGACCCCGCGAUCCCGCCGGGCGACGGCUCCAGGAUCCGGACCGGGAUGGACCUCAGAACCCUGGUGUGCAGGCGCACGCUUAGUGUGAUGCUGCUGGUGGGCGGCGCCCUGGUAUCCACGGCAACCAUGGCCUCACCUGUUGCAGGUGCGCUGGUCUUCAACAGGACAGCAGAGUCUUCUUCACAUUAUUCGUCGCCAUCGCCCCCCUUCCCCCCCAGCUGGCCCUCGGACUCCGGUUACCGUGGUAACGGCGGCGGCGCAGGCUCCGCCGAGGACCAGGACUCCGUCGCCCAGGGCAUCCACCUCCUGCUGCGACCCCCAGACCUCCUGUCCCCCAGCCUGGCCCCGCCCCUCCCGCCCCACAGCCAGCCCACCCUGACCCCCCCGCCCCCCUGGGAGCAGGACCCCUGGGGGUCCGGGGACUACCUGGAGACGCUGUCCUUCAUCGUCCCCGACGGCGAGGAGCUGGGCCUGGCCACGCCGCUGCCCAGCCACCCCUGGGACGCCGCCGAGGACUGGGCGUCCUACGACACGGCCUUCCCCCUGCGCCCCACCCUCCCGCUCUCCUCCCUGACCCUCCACCCCCCCCACUCUGAGGGCUACCCCCCCUGGGACCAGGACUACGACCCGGAGGACCUGGCCCCACUGGAGCCGACGGAGGUGCUGCUGCCGGACAUGAACAGCCUGGAGUACUACACCAACCUGAGGGAGAGAGAGAAGGAGAAAGAGAGGGAGAGAGUGAAGGAGAGAGAGAGGGAGAGAGAGAGGGACCAGUUGGACGGAGCUGACAUCAAACCCACAUCGACCCAAUCUCUUCAUCCUCCUCCAACCCCGACCUCCAGCCCUGGUCCUCCCCCAGGAAUCGAACCCAAGCUCCGCCCACCAGAGCCCACCCCGCCUCUCACUCGCUCGCCCACUCUGCCGGAGAGAGAGAAGCCCCCUCCUGCAUCACCAACCCCGAAACCGCCCCCCACACCUCCUCGUCCCGCUCCACCCCCCAAAGACCGCGGUCCGGUCCCAGGUAGAUACCCUCCUCGCCCGCCGGCCAACACGACCGGCCGGGCGCUCCGCCCCCCCCCCGCCGGGACCGCGGCCCACCCCCCCCGUAAACCGGCAGUGGUCACGGAGAAGCCGGCGAAGAUCCCGACCACCACGACCACCACGACUGCCGCCACCACCACCCGCUUCACCGCCAUCAGCCUGACCCGAGCGCCGCCGGUGACCACGCCCAGGGCGGGCCAGACCCCGCCCACAAGGCAGUACCUGUGCAACGUCACCAAGCCAGAGAUGUACCUGGUCCGAGUCGUCAACUCCAAGGGCUCGUCGGCCGGGUUCAGUCAGGUCCGAGAGCUUCUGAGGCGCGAGUUCAACCGGUCGGUGGAGCUGCAGUUCCUCAGGACCCCGUCCAGCUUCGCCUUCCGCGUGGCGUCCGGCCCGCUGAUCUUCACCGCCAUGGCGGUCAUCAACGCCCUCCGGCGCUCGCCGCGCGGCACGGGCCCCGUCCCCGGUGUGUCGCCGCUGUACGCCGUCCCCGACCUGAGGUUCCAGGUCCACUCCGUGCUGCAGUUCGUCCCCGCCCACGUGGACGUCAGGGUCUGCAACUUCAGCGAGCGUGUGGAGAAAGGGCUGGCGAUGGCGUACGCCGAGACGCGGCGGAGGACGCAGGAGGCGGGGAACGCCACCGUGCAGCUGCUGAACGUCACGAUGAGCGUGGCCCGGGCGGCGUCGGCGGCCCAGAAGGUGCCGGUCGAGGUCACGUUCGCGGUGCGCGAUGGGCGGGGCUACCUGCCGGGGUCAGAGGUCAGCGAACACCUGAGGAAGCUCAGCCUGGUGGAGUUCAGCUUCUACGUUGGAUUUCCUGCGCUGCAGAUCGCCGAACCCUUCCACUACCCCGAGCUGAACACGUCGCACCAUCUGCGCUCCACCUGGGUCCGCACAGUGCUGCUGGGAGUUCAGGAGCAGCUGGUGGUGGAACGGAGCUUCAAGGCUCGUCUGGAGCGGCGUCUGGCGCUGCUGCUGGAGGAGGGGCUGACGGAGACCAGCAGGCGGCGCUGGAGACGAGCCACCGCCGUGGGCAACAACAGCCUGCAGGUGGUGCGGGUGUCCAAGCUGUCGGGGCCAGAGCGUCCCCUGGAGGUCUUUUACUUCGUGGAGGGUCCGGGGGGAGAGAGAGUCCCGGCUGAGACGACCGCGGCCACCUUGAACCGUCUGGACCUUCAGAGAGCCGCCAUCGUCCUGGGACACCGAGUCCAGAGACCGCUGGCCCAACCGGUGGAGACCCUGUCCAUCCCUCCGGCGGAGACUCCCAGCAGCAGCAUCUGGCUGAUUGUGGGCGUGGUCGUCCCCGUCCUGCUGGCCGUCUUCAUCAUCAUCAUCCUCUACUGGAAGCUGUGCGGCUCCGAGAAGCUGGAGUUCCAGCCCGACGCCAUCAACACCAUCCAGCAGAGGCAGAAGCUUCAGGCGCCGAGCGUCAAGGGCUUCGACUUCGCUAAGCUGCACCUGGGGCAGCACAGCAAGGACGACAUCAUGGUGAUCCAGGAGUCCGGCCCGCUGCCCGUCCCCGCCAAGGAGGCCACGCCCUCCGACGCCGGCGACCUCAACACGCCAAAGUCCAAGGGCUCGUCCACCAAGGCGGCGCGGUCCAGCCGCCGCAGGGGAAGGCUCAGCCCGUCCGACGGCGACUCGCUAGGAAGCGACCAAUCGAGCGGCAGGGAGUCGGCGGAGGAGAGCACCAGGCCGGUGGCCACGCCCAGCGAGGGGAAGCAGCACAGGAAGACGCCCAAAAACGGAAGGACCAAGAUGGGUCCGUCCGGCAGCGGUCCAGAGGAGCUCCUGUCCUCGUCCUCCAUCUUCGACCACGUGGACCGUCUGUCCCGCGGCUCGUCGGACGGAACGCGUCGCCAGGCCAACAAGGUGCAGCUCAUCGCCAUGCAGCCGCGGCCGAGCCCCCCGCUGCACGCCGCCCCCCAGUCCAGCCCCUCCCUCACGGAGAAGGUGGCGCUCAGGCACAAGUCGGAGAUCGAGCACCACCGGAACAAGCUGCGGCAGCGCGCCAAACGCCGCGGCCAGUGCGAGUUCCCCUCCAUGGACGACAUCAUGGACGCCUUCGGGGACGGACCCGUCCAGAGCGCGGUGGCGCAGCGGCUCUACAGCUCCGCCCACGACCACAUGGACUGCAUCCUGCAGGACGCCGCCUCGCCGCCCCCCCCCUCCGACUCCAGAAAGAGGGGGAGGCGCUCUCCUCGGGGGCGGCGGCCUCAGCUGGGGCCGGGGAGUCUCCCCGACACAGACAGGGACCGGCUGCUGACCGACCACAGCGCCACCUACAGGAAGUACCCGGGACUCAACAAUGUGGCCUACAUGUCGGACCCCGACCUCCCCCCGGACCAUGGAAGUCCCUCCCCCACAGAUGAGGUGUUUGAUCCGGCCCCGCCCCCGCCCCCCUACAUGCCCCCCCAGCCCUCCAUCGAGGAGGCGCGGCAGCAGAUGCACUCGCUCCUGGACGACGCCUUCGCUCUGGUGUCGCCGUCCUCGCAGAGCAGCGCCGGGCUGAGCGGGGUGAGUCCUCACCGGCGUAGCCCCCCCCCUCGGGGGGCCAGGAGUGGCGGUGGCUUUGAACUUACUUCCUUCUGUUUGUCCCCCCAGAGGUACGCCGAGCUGGGAAUGUCUCCCACAUCCAUCCAGGGCCUGCUGCAGAGGCAGGGUCUCGGUUCCGGAGGGUACAUUUCCACCGGAGACCAACUGCAGGAGUCGGUUUACUCCACCAGGGGGCAGUAUGAGGACCCGCCCUCGUCCUCCAGACCGCGACCCGUAGGAGGCAGCACAGGUGCGCAGCUCCACCACCUGACCCAGGUGGGCCUGUCCAGCCAGAUCGGGGCGUACCCCGGAGUGGGCCGCAGCAUGUCCGGGCCCACCGGCUCCAGCUGGAACCAGCAGCACUCGGACCAGGACCUGGCCAGAGUCGGAGCCAGCAGGGAGAGCGUGCUGUCGUUCCCCGAGUUCUCCUCGUCCUCGGUUUUCCAGAUGCCCAGUUCCUCGCUGCGUGACCCGUCGGCCCCGCCCCUCCUCCUGACCUCGCCCACCCCAGAGUACCCGCCCGAGGACGCCCCGCCGUCCGCCCACACCUCGGCCUCCCUCAUCAAGGCCAUCAGGGAGGAGCUGCGGCGGCUGGCGCAGAAGCAGGCGGCGGUGACCAGCUACCCGUAGACUCCGCUCGGACUCUCGGAACCAGAACUCUGCUGGCUCUGGUCCUUGUCUGCGUCUCCGAAACCCGACACGGUUCCUGCCAGAGAGCCAGGACUUAAACGGUGUCCUCUCAAGCCCUCCGGUACUUUACAGGGUCCAGUCUUUCUACUCGUCCAUCCGUCCACCUCCAGCUCGGCGGCUCAUCGCACAUCUGAGGCCCCGUUUACACGUAGCAAAAACGGUGGUGUUUUCAUGCGUUUUGGCCGUUCGUUUACACGAAAACGAAGCUCAAAGUCACCAAAAACGAUCAGUUCGGAGAUUCUGGAGAUUUGCAAAAACUCUGUCUUCACGUUUGCUUGUAAACAGAGGGAAACAUUAUGCGACAGAAACGUCAGCAGCGUCACGUGUGCGACCUGUGUUUACAAUUAGUUUGGCCACCGUCAAUAUUUUCUUGUAUUAUACUUGUUUUAUAUUCUAAAGUCACACUUAAAAGUAACUCCACUUCUCUGUCACUCUAAACGAAAGAGUCUCGUUCCAUCUCGGAAGUAACUGGAAGUUACACGUGUCAUUUGUUGACGUUUUUUUCCAGGAUUCUGAUUGGCUAGCAUGACUUUAGACUUCUCGUUACACUGCCCCCUGCAGGUUUGGCUGCUCAUAGCACCUUAAAAGCGUAUUUAUGCGGGUUCGUGUAAAUGAUGGUAUUUUUCAAAACGUAGAGGGGGAAAUAUCAGUUUUUGUAAAUACCCGGCUAUGUGUAAACGUGGCCUCACUCACAUCUCCACUAAAGUGCUUCCUGGAGUCGAUCGCGUGAUCGAUCACCUUCCGCUACUUCUGAAGCAUUUCCUCCCGGACCUCCGGACGUCCCUGGAGGUGUGGACCCGCCUGGACAUCCUGUUGACGGAACCGUCCCGGCCUUCUUGAGGUAGGUGUGUCCCGGCGGAGCUCGGGGAGGAACCUCAGAGUUCUGGACCGCCCCUCCAGUGCGACCCGCCCCCUCCGGAGCUGAUUGUUCUCACUAAGGUUCUGACGUGGGUGGUCCUUCCGGUCCGCACUGUGGUGCUAACCGCCAGCCUCAUAACAUUUCAUCAUUGACCACUUACUGCCUUCCACCUUCCCAUCAGCCCCAGCGGCCGGGGCCACGCUCAUCAACCAUCUUUUUCUCCGUCGACAGUUCUGACAGCAUGAAGACGACAAACAGCAAAAAUGAUAUAUAUAUAUUAAUAUAUAUAAAUAUAGAUAGAGAUAUAUAAGGAUGAAUUAAAUAUAUGUAAAGAGAUAGAAUAACAAUGAGCACAAUAUUAAUGUCGGAGUAUCAAGAUGUUACUUAUUUUUUAUCGCUUAUUUAUAAGAUUACACUUUGUACGCUUUGUUUGAAUCAAAAAAAAAGACCAAACUACUGUUCGAUGGUUGUGAAACUCUUGUGUUUGAGCUCGCUGUAAAUUUUCAGCUUAGCUUAGCUUAGCCUAGCUGCUCGCUCGCGUGUCCGUGUGUCGGUGGCAACAAAGAAAAAAGAAAAAAAAGCAGCUAGCGCAUCGCUUUGUUACAUGGAGCUUUUCUGUCGCCUCCGUUAGUCUGUGGGCGGAGCCCUCUCAUCGGGGGGGCGUGGUUAGUCAUUCACCUCGGCGAAGCUUCAGAGCUGUGUGGCAGUACCGCCUCCGACCACCUGGGGGUGUAGUUCCGCUGGAAGGGGUUCCGCCUCGUUCUGACCUCAACAUUCGCCGGGCUUGAUGCUUGGACCUUCAUGCGCUGUGCUGCCCCCCUGUGGUCGGAGGUGAUAUUGCAACAGAAAUUUUGUAAGAAUCCUCAGAAACACGCAGAUUCGAUGAACCCUCCCGUCAGGACUCUGAUCCUCAACGACGGACCGAACUGUUCGCUCGCGGGUCGGUUCUCGGUUCCUCUCGUAGACUUAGCUAAAAACACAAGAGGACAGAUAAAUGUUGAAUGUUUUAACACAAGUGAAUGCAGUCGUCUUGCACUUUAUUUAUUUUGCGUGGAUGAUCAAUAGAAUGGAUAGAAACCGACCGAGUCACGUGAAACAGUUAGUUCCCUUUUUAGUAAUUAAUUAAUAACAAAAAAAAAAGAUUGGACGAUAAAAAUCAACCAGAUCGUCGUAUCGGGCAAAUACAACUUCAGACUAACAAAAACUAUUAUUGGUUAGUACAGAAGAGUAUUAGUGCCAUGCAAGAGAAAAAAAAUAUAAAAAAAUAUUUUAGAGGAGGAUUUCUUUUUCAUUAUGCACUUUAUUAUGCACAACAAAUGUUGAGAAAAAAGUCAAAAUGUCGAAAAAAAGUGGACAUUUCGUGAAUAAAGUUGAAAUCUUGAGAAAGAAGGCAAAAUUUCGACUUUAUUCAUGGAAUUUCGACUUUAUUCUUGAAAUUGUAUUUCAACAUUAAUCUCGACAUUUCGACUUUUUUCUCGACAUUUCCACUUUUUUCACAAUAAAACAAUGCACAAUAAAAAAAAUCUUCCCCUCUCAAAUAUUUUCCAACUACGAUCACGUGAUUUUUAUUCUAACACAAAAAACAGAAUUAAAAGUGUUGUUAGCUUCAAUCUCAGCUGAUUGGCUGGUUCCCCUCUCGGCUGAUUGGCUGUUCCUCUGUGAUGACCUCAUGGUGCACCGGCUCGUGUUUCCGUCGCUGCUGUCCUCCAGCAUGUCCAACAAGGCUGUAGCUGUUCUCAAUGUGCCCGUUAAUGUUCAGCAUGCUGCUAAAAGAUGUUUAAAAAAAAACCAAACAAGUGAAGAGUUGUUCCAUAUCAGUUAAGAGUGAUCGAAGAGUCAUGACACCCCCGUUCACCCACGAAAAAAAUCACUCAUCACUGUCAUGAUAUUUUCUUUUCCAUUCCUGAAAGAUAUUUUUCAAUCUAAAAGAAGAUGGAGGCGGCUGAAAGUGGUUGAAUAGAAAUCUCUCUAUAUAAAUAUAUAUAAAUAAAUAUAAAAGUAUUUUAUCCGUGAUUGUUCUGCUGAACGGACUCAAAGACCUGCUCGGCCUGGUGCCAACACUUCCCUCACGGACCAGAAACCAACGGCAGAACUCUUCACCGGGCCGAGACUCUCUGAUUGGACCUCGCACCUGUCAGUCAAACUGUAGGGGCUUGGCCACGCCCACAUGGUGCUACUUCAAUGACUGGAAAUGUGACUGAAACUCAAAUCACACAGAAAUAUAAAAGAAAAAAGGCUGCAGAUGUGGCGGUUGAAGGGGAGGCGGGUCUCAUCUGCUUCUCAAAUCCUCCUGAAUGUUUCCGUCCAUGUUUUCUAGAGUUUCUGUGUUUUCUAGAUCCGCAAACCUCAGAGAACCCAGCAAAGACCUGCCGGCACUGCAGGCCUCCGCCCGGGACAGAACUGCACCGGAUAUUCAGCUCAAGAGCACAAACGUAGCUCCGCCUCUUCCUGCGGGCCAGAGCCGCCCGUCAAAAAGCUGCCCGGUUCUGUCCCGGGUUGAACGUCUCCCGGCCGCCGUCUCGGGUCGAACCACAUUCCUGUUGUCCUUCAGGCUCCUUCACACCGAGCGGCUUCGCUGCUGGGUCCACCGGGCCCGAGGUCCAGGUGGACUCAGGUCCGGGUGGGAUUAGAGAUGCACCGAUCAGGAUUUUGAGGGCCGAUCACCGAUAACCGAUCUCCAAAAUCCGUAUCUGCCAAACACAGAUCACAGCGUGAAAUCCAUAAAUUCUCCAAUAUUGUUGUCUCAUUUACAACACUGACAUUGUUUUAUUAGGUAUAAAAAUUAAGAGAUGAGAAAGUAUCAUAAAGUGACCACUGUUGUAUUGCAGGCUGAGGCAAUAUGCAAUAUUUCACCCUUUAGAGACUCUUAUGGUGCUUUUAAACUAGUACCUACUCCGCGCGACUCGACUCGUCUCGCCUCCACUCGCCUUGUCCUCGUUUGUUUUUAAACACCCAGAUCAGAAGUAGGAGGUUAAAGCGAAGCUGCUGUGACGUAUUUGAUUGUGUGAUCUAAACGAAGAAUACAACAACACUAAAGAUGUAGAACCUGGAGGAGAUGAUAGAUGUGCUGCUGGGUCUGUGGCUUGUGUUUGAUAUCAAGUUAAAAAUGAGAGUGAAAGAAGCUUCAAGCGGCAACGCUUUUUUAAAAAUUUAGUUUGUGUCGGCGCUGCUGAGAAAUCAGCUGGGAGCCGCGAGUGACAGAGCACCUGGUAGAUCUGAUCGUUCCUUAUCUCCCGUCUAGAUCCCUUUUUAAUUCUCUCCUCAGCCACCAGGUUUAUGUUUAUCUGCACCUCAGAGUUGGAUCAUGAAACAGACGUUUGCGCUGCCAUUCCCUGUUGAAUAAAAUGAGGAAGCCGCGAGCUGCUCUUGUGCUGACUCCCACUUCCUGAUUCAAACGUCUGACGGCCCCCCGACCAAUCGUAGGCAUGUAUUGUGAUGAUGUCAGAUCCAGGACCGACUCAGCACGCUUAGAACCUCGGCAGAAUAGGUACAGAAAAAGUAUCUACUUGGCACGCCUCCACCCGCCUCCACCCGUAGUGUAAAAGCGCAAAACGGGGGCGAGUCGAGUCGCACUGAGUAGGUAUUGGUGGAAAAGCAGCAUUAGAGACGACUUAGACUCGGCUCACAAAGAGUUAGUGUAGCUACUAGCUUGAGCUUUCCUGUGGUAAUAAUUAUGUACAACAUGUGCACCAACACAGCCAUGUCAAUCUCUAAAAGUUGAUACAAGUUGUAAACUAUAAACCUUAGUUUUCCUGUGGGAAGAGGAAUUAAAUCUUAAAAUAAAAAUGAAUUAUGAAUUAUUAAGCUUUGUGAAAGCUUUAGCGAUAGCAUCCGCCGCCUGUAAGGAAACUCUUGUGAGUUAAACUCUUCACACUAGAACAUCAACAUGUUACUCGUGAAGCGACUGACACGACUGUCGUCCUGCAUGAGGGUUUGGAUCUGACUGUAUAUAGUUUGGUAAAACUCUGGUGGUCAAUUAUCAGUGAAAUAUUAACGACUCUGCAGCGCGUACCGGGAUCCAAGCUGCUAACGACGCGCUAAACCCGACGUCUACAACAGAAAGCGGCUGAGCGGAUGAGCAAAGCAUAUGAAUCCAUUACCUUACGAUGUAGUUCUUUAUUUUUCUUGCUGUCGUUUAUAGGUCUCUGUUACGUUCUGCGGAGUUAGCGGCGUUGCUCCUUUUCUUUCUCUGCCUUAGUGGCCACUUUGAAAACUCAAUAUUCUCCUUCGUGUGAAAAACUUUCAAAUGUCUUAUCAGCUUCGUUGUGUUGAAAUUCUUUUAAUACAUUCCCCCUCGGGGAAUCUCCUUUGGACCUUGCAAACUGCAAAUUUGUUGUCCUAUUCGGACGUUGUAAAACUCCCAUACCGGCGACGCCAUUUUCAGUGUUGAUGUUUUGUGGAGACGGCCACGCCCCCUUAGGACACCUGGGUCUGAGGUGUGGGAAUGUUGUAAACGUCAUCGGAUCGGCCUGCUCUGUUGAAACUAUUAUUUUCUGAUCUCUAUCGGGCCGAUACCGAUCGGUUGCCAAUCGAUCGGUGCAUCUCUAGGUGGGAUCCGGGUGAAGCUGCUCCGUACAAACCGGGCCUGAAGGAAAAGUUCUGCUCACCUGUUCAAAGGCAGCCAGGCAAACGCUCAGCUGGGUCCACCGGGUCACAUGACCGGGUCACAUGACCGGGUCGCACCACAGGACCAGCUGGGUGUGAGCUGCAUCCUGUGGAGUUUUCCGUCUGACGGAUUGUGUUAACAAACAUUAAAGAGACGUGU